GUUUACUCUAAAGGUGCUAUCAACCCAAAAUGUAAUAAAUUUAAAUUCAGGACCAUUGAACUGAAUGAGUUAACGACAGCCUUAAGAUCAAUAAAGGUCUAUUUCUACAAUCAGGAUUAUUUCCGAACAGCGAAAAAUGUGCGUGAUUCACGUGAUUCAGCCUUUACUGAUUUACGUGUAGCCCGUUAACUUUUGCUCUGAUGUAGCCCCGUAUGCCGGGGCGAAAUAUUAGCCUUCACUGAUUUACGUGUAUUUAUUGUUGUUUAUUCUCGGCGUAUUGCGGUGUUUCUUAUUUGCUACAUUUUUAUCGACUUUUCGCCGCAAGAACUCCUUGGAGCCCGUCGAGCAGCCUGCUACAGUGACCUUUUCUUCAUUCACACUUUAGUCUUCAACCUGCUUUUGACCCCUACUUGCAAACCUUCUUUUUAAUGAGCAAAGAUUUACCAGUACAAAUGUGUGGUACAAAGAAAUCAGUGGUACAAAUGUCCAGUUCCAGGGGGGGGGGGCGUGUUCCAGGUAUUGGAGAAGCGAAGCCCCAAUUUAAGCAAAAGUUGAACUCGAGGCUGCAGGGAAUGGCGUAGACUGAAGAUGGCGCCAAUUUCGUUGAAAAGAGGAAAAGCAGACGACCUUGCAAAGGAGCUAGUGCAAGCUGUUGCAAACUUAGAGAGCGGUACUGAAAAUUCCAACAUAGCUGUAGAAUUUGCAGUAUCAAAUUUUAGGUUCCACAGGUUCCUUGAUGUCAAUUCGCUUGAAGUUUCACGACAGCUCGAUGGCCUACGAAACAAGUUUAUCGUUCACUGCCAAGACAUUAAGGCAAAACAGCUUGAAUCUUUGAAGAAUGAUUACCUUAAAAGUCCUUUUUCAUCAAGUUUAUUUGAAGCAAAUACGGAAUACCACUUUGGAAUUUUAUCACUGUUGCUGUGUCUUUCACAAUCGCCAGUGAACUGUGGUGAGUUUUCAGAAACGAGAAAUGACUCCGUACUAUUGGAAGAAAGCAUAGAUUGGAAAGAGUAUCUUUUGUCAGGAGAAGAGAAGCUUGAGCUUGGUAUUGAUAUAAGUGAAGAACAAAGAUUGGCUUUAGAAGAGACAGAUGAAGACGAUGAUCAUUUUGAUAUUGCUGAAAGUGACCAGAAACUGGAUAGAAUAUUGGAGCCUGUAGAGAGUACAAUAUCUGAUGUAGAAGCCUCUUAUCGAACAUCAGAAUGUGACCCAGAACGAGGAGAUGUUCAAUGGCUCCAAAGAAACAUUACCACUCAGUACUGGAAAGGAGAAACUGCAUACCUGCCAAUGCUACAAGACAAAGUUGGUUUUGAUAAUGAGGACCAGGUUAUGAGUGCAUUUAAGGUAAUGCCUCAGGACUCCAGAAUGGUAAAUUACCUCACAGAAAAUGCAGUUGUAAGAGAAACACUUUGGAUGUUGCAAGGAAUAAAAACAACAUACGUAUACAGAUAUGUUGACAACAACUACUUCAUAAGAGAAGAUAUCUGCUUGAGUCAUAUGAGCCAAAAGGCCUUGAAAAAUAGUCUGGGACAAUUCGCGGCAGCAGGAAACAAGGUUCAAGAGCUUAAAAUCUUUGUUGCUGAUGCAUUGGACUUAAAAAAGAAAAAUAUGAAGAUAAUAAGAGCUUUUGGCUAUGCAGUUAAUUGUUUUCUAAAGAAAACAAGGAAAGAUCUUGGGAGUAUUGAAUGCAAAAUUGUUUCAAAAAACGAAGUGUACACUAUUUUAACAUUAGAGCAGGCUGUGGGAUCCCUAUUGUCUGAUGUCGAUUUAGUGUAUGAGAUGUACAAAAGCAGCUUGGGGAUGGCUAGAGGCUCAGAGAUGGCGCCCAACGAAUGUUUGGUACAUGUGAUUGAUUCCUUGUUCAACACCGUUUGUAAUCUUGAUGCAUUUGGAAGUGCAGGCUCAUUUCAAGUAUGUGCUUCGAUACCUAUAUUUUUAGAAACCAUUCGCCCAUUUUUGAGUGAUUUAGCGGUUUGGAUUUCAAGUGGAAAGCUCCCAAUCGUUGGAGGUGAGGAGUUUUUUGUUUGCGAAGAUGAAAUUGCAAGUGAAGAUGACUGUACGGCUUGGAAACAGCAAUUUCGCAUCCGGCGAUGCCAAGAUGAUGACACCCAACUUGCUAUCCCACAAUUCCUUGCUGGUUUGACUGACAAAAUUUUGCUGACUGGAAAAUCUUGUAGAGUGCUGGAGCGGGCUGGAAAAAGCUUUACUGAUAAGUUUUCUCUUGUCUUUGAAACAGAGCUUUUUGAGAGUUUGAUGGAAGGUCUUGGAAUUUCCUGCAAAAACCACGAAAUGGAAGACAAGGUGGAAUUCGAAGAAGUACUUAUGGUAGAAAGGAAUACUGUGAUGCUUAAUAAUGGCUUUAGCCAGCUUUUGGAAGAAAACUUUUCUAUCAUAUUCCAGAGGAAUUAUCAAAGAUUUAUUAAUUCGGGAGAGAAUCACCAAGCUUUAUAUGACAAUUUUCAGAGUACAAUAGAACAAUCACGAUUUGACAUGUCCAGAAAGGCUUCCUGUCGACAACCCUUCAGUGAAAUUUUCAAAUCAAGCUUGCAGUCUCUAAUCGACGCAAGAUAUUCACAAGCUUCGAAUGCUCUGCUGGGCCUACUCAAAGAUGAAUUCAGAUUCAUGCAUCAUUUUGGGAUCAUUAAAAAUUUCUUCCUGAUGGAAGCGGGUGACGUCAUGAGCUCAUUCUAUUCAGAGAUUUUUACUAAAAUACGACGCAAGGAAUUCUGGCAAAGCACUUCGUACCUUACGAGUGUGCUACACGAUGCGUUGCAGCUACGUUUUCCAAGCCUUGUAGAUAGAUUAACCGCAGGAAUCAAAAGUGAUGCCCGCGGGAUUUUGACAAAUGUUGUUGGUGUGCAGUCCGCUGCAAGUAUUUACCUACACUAUGAAAUGGACUGGCCAUUAACGAUUAUCUUUGAUAGCAAGGCGGAGGAGAAGUAUAAUGCCAUCUUCUGUUUUCUGUUGCAAGUGAAGCGUGCAGUUUGGUCGUUGGAGCAGCUGAGAAUAGCGGAACUCUGGCGGGGUGACGCGCGGGAUGACACGCAAGAUGAUUUUGUAAAUCCAGAGGCAACAAGCACUGCACUGGAGCAACAGCAGCCAGCAACCGCUGUACGACAGAAAAUGUACGUUCUUAGAAUGAAACUUCUUCAUUUUGUCCAGAGUUUUCAUGUUUACAUUAUGACUCGAAUACUUCAUAGUUCCGGUUUAGAAUUCAAAGCGCAAGUAUCGGAAGCUAAAGACUUUGAUGAGAUUGUCACAAUCCAUCUUGACUUUCUUGAAAAAGUUUACGAUCGCUGCCUGCUUAGUCCAAAGGUUGGUUUUGCAAAGGAAGCCAUUACGAGGAUCUUGAAUUUAUGUCUGAAUUUUCAAAGCAACUGGGAUCUUGGUUUGACUAAAGUGAAAGUGGAUGAGAUUGCCUCCAUUGAUAGAGAGUUCACCAAAUGCAGUCAUUUCAUUCAAUCGUUCUUGAACAAUUUGAUGAAGAGAGGGUCAUUUCCUCAUUUAGAACUGUUGUCCUUAUCUCUUAGAACAUAAACAUUUGUUUGCAAUGUCAUUUCAUUAUCAAGACAGUUGAUCGCGAUUAAAGAAGGUAGUUUCCAAAUUCAAUAGCGCUUCAUCCUUCCCAGUUUUUUUUAAAUAAACCGACGCGACUAGUGAUACAGAGGUUUUCAUCUUUUUCUGCAACAAGCGUCCCAUCCCUCAUCCCAAUUCAGUUUUCAUAUCUAAAAAAUACUGUUCAAAUUUAAUGACUUAUUUUUAAAGGCCUUCAAUAUAAAGAUAAAAUGCUUCCCCUCUUCACAAUAUCACAAGCAAAAUCUCCUUUUCUUAUAUUCACGCGUUCAACCUUUCCCUUCAAAGUUAAGAAGUAGGAUAUAAAAGACAAAUUUCAUCCUAAUUUCAAUGUUGUGCAUCUAUAAUUUGUCAGUAGGCCAUCGAAUGUGAAAAAUUUCUAUUUAAAUACAUAACUAAUUGCAACUCUACUUGCACGAAUAGCAUAAAACGGUGCGAAUCAUUCCUUCGAAUACAUCGGUUUGGUGGAAAUUACCACUUGUCCCAGCUUAAGGUCCAAUAAUACAUUACUUUGGUAUUGCAUAAUUUAGCGGUUUUCACUUAAUGACGACUGGGGGCUGCGAGUGGUAAGAAGGUCCCAUGAAAGGUUAAGUGUAGCAGUUACACCAAAGAGUUAUAACAAUAACUUGCUUCUACAUUCGAAAAUUCUUGUAAUUAUAUUCUUUGGUUAUAUGUUUUACAGCAAAAUGAUUGUGAACAAAUGCUUCGAGUUUUGAGGCAUGAUUGAGUUUGGCGAGACUUCCUGAGUGCCAUAGAAGUUCUCAAUCUUAUAAUCUUAUCAUUAGUAACGUAGUGCUAUACACAAGCUUUCACGUUUCAGGAGACACAUCGAUCGGAUAGUCUCAAAUUAAUCAUUAUGGUUCUUUAUAAGUUCUAAGGAGUAAGAACAGGCAGAAAGUCGAUUCCCUACCAGUAUGUCAAUUCUCUUACUAGCCCCAUCUCUACGUAACAGAGUCUUUUGCGCAUCUUAGAGAAAAUCCUUUCAAAAUCUAGAAUUACAUAGCACAUUUUCGUGUGCUUAAAAAUGUGGCUAUAGGCUGACCGCCUGUCUACACAUCAACGUAUUUAUCCACAGUCGAUACGUAAAAAUGCAUUGUAGAUCAAAAUAAAUAUUUAAUGCAAUCCUUCAUUUAAGGUUGAUAGCAAAAUACAAAUGGAGACAGUACUGUGCUGCAUUAAAAAUAUGUUCUUGUAAUGUUUUAAUUUCUGAUAAAUACUGCAGGAAAUAUACGACAAAAAACUGUUGCGGAGUCAAAUGCUGUUUUAGUAGGGAAUGGGGUUAAAUUGCUAGGAGAACAUGGUAGUUCAAGACAGCUGAACAAAUUGUUUCACUAGCAGAAUCAAAGUCAAUUGCGUAAAGGAAAGACAAUCCUUUUGGAAUGGCCAUUGCUGUUGGGAUUUCAUUUCAAUAAAUGACUUCAUUUUCCUAUUUCAUAAGAAUAUGAAACCACUAAAGAAAAAUUGUUCAUCUUAGAACAAGCAGCCUUCUUUUUUACCGGGUUCGUAUGCCCAGCUCUAAAUAGGUUGAAGUUAUCGACGCGUGGCUAGGCCGAGAAACGUUUUAACGAGACUGAGAUGCUUUGUGUCUUUCUAGACAAAACAUUGUUAAUUUAAAGGGAAAAUCUAGAAAGGAGAAAUAUAUGGCAACCUGUUUCGUUAUAUUGAGAUAAAUCAUUUGUGAUUUUGAAAAUUUUUAUUUGGUACUUAAGUUAAAGUUUGUCCAGUCUCUGGAGUGCAAAAAGAUAAUUCAUGUAUAUAUAAAACGAGAAUACAAGUUAAAAAAUAAAUAAAAAUGUACUGCAUACAAAUGUCCUUUUAAGCAAAUCAUUUAAAUUCGUUUAAAAAGAUUCUAAAUGAGAUAUUGAUGAGAUAUACCGUCAAGACCCGAAAAGUCCACAACAUUAUGCAUUUCUGGGGAAGCAAAGUGUACUAGCUAACUAUUGGCUUGGGUGUGGACAUACCUUGAGUCUAAAUCUUGGUCUUACCAACCCAGGGUGCUAGAGCCUCAGAGAGUCAAUCGCAAUUCCUUUCCCCGUUCUUCAUGGUUUGACUCUCUGAGGCUCUGGCACCCAGGGUAGGUCUUACCCAACUCCCGCGAUGCUUCAGGCUGAGCAAAAUAUCGCUAAACGAAGACGUGCGCAUAGCAGGUUUUCAUGUAUAGCAGUAUAUACCAUGCUUAGGGACUUAAGGCAGCGCGGCUAUUUCAGGUAUGAAAAAGAUGCACAAUUCCUUUUUAAAGAAUCAGCUUCACAAUACAUUCCUAUAGCUUAGAGAGUUUCCGUUGUGUGUUUUAUUUAGAUAAACAUGCGUCAGUUCCAGUUCCCUACUUAGAGGGAGGGGGGACUUCUUUUUAUUGUCACUUUAUUAUUUAUCAUUAUUGUUCUGGCAGCAGAAAAACUUAGUAAUGUAUUGGGAAUACAGCUGGCAGUUUUGUGGAGGGAUCCACAGAUCAUUUUAAAUGCCAAGUUAAAUAGUCAAUGGUAUUAACUAAAUACAAAUUAAUUAAAUAUUAAACGGCAAUAUCUCUGUACGACCAUGUCAUCCAAUCUUCGAUACUUUGCACAGAGAAUCUGGCUGCAUCGAUCUGAUCUGAGACCGCUUCGUGAGUCUGAAGAGAAAGAAAUGCGGCAUGCAGGCCGGCUUUAACGCAAGUGUGAGGUUCGUCGCCGCGAAGGAUGCUUGCAAGCAUUGCUCCAGCGAGGCUGUGGAGGAAGGGAACUUGAUGUAAAUAUUGACGAAUGGCAACAACAAUGCAAAAAGGGGAGCAGGGAUUUGGAGAGAAUAAUCCACUUGAUAUUCAAAAUAAAUUGAUCCUUGCAUUUAACGGUGAAUUUGGCAUUGACCAGCUUGAAAAUAAUGUAUUUUUAAGCACAGAACACAGCUGCAUUGAAUUGGCUCUAGGGUAUGUAGACGAGCGGGGUAUGCACAAAAAUACCACAUCUUAACAUCUUAAUAUUUUAUGGUAACGAUGUUGAACAGAACUUUUACAAAUGGAUCCAGACCAUCUAAAAGGGGUUAAGCCCCAUGUUCUUCAGUUCAGAUUAUGGGGUGAGAUAAUUCAAAAACUAUCUAAUUUUGCAUAAGACGUGAAUGUUUCUUGAACUCACUGUACUGAAAUUCAGUUUUUACGAUUGCAGGGAACAACUGCACUUUGCAAAGCAUGACAUACCAGGUUUAAACCAUAGCCAGGUAUAGUCUCAACUUACCAGUCACCCGCACCAGAUACCGAUUUGAUGUCUUUCCUUGGCAAAAGAUCUUCACCUACUGACGGAUAAUGUGUAGCAGAUAUAACGCUUGAUGUAUGCUUUUUAUCAGCCACCUGACCCUUUAGAGGGAAGGGAUCAUUACAACCUUCAUUCCGUAAAACCAAUACACCGAAUCGACCAAGAGUUAUUAUUAUACAGUUAACACUUCCUAAGAUAUUACGACCAAUCCUGAUGCACAUUUGGAUUAUCUGAUCCUCCGUCGGCCCCUCGAAAUCAAACGGACCUUCACUGUUGAAGUUCAUCAUGCCUUCUUGCCUCUUUGUGAUUGUCGCAUGGAUGGCUUGUAGCUCGCGUUUAUUCGGUGAAAUAUAGGUUAUAGCAUUGUAGUCGGCAGUAGUGAAUGGUUUUCUUGCUUUUGAGAUAUCAGCCGGUUCGUACCAGACUAGAACAGACAAAAUGAUUCAUCACCAAGAAUAAUUUGACUUACAAGCAUUUUUACAAACUAACUGCUAAUUAUUAACUUUAUAUUUUCUGUUGUUCAUUCAAUUUUCUAAAUACAACCUAGAGAUACAAAGUAUCCUUUAUUUGCAGUGACAGUAUCAGAUUUUCGAAGGUGCUCCCAUACCCUGUUCUGAUUAAAGUAACAUUAGUUGUUCUUAUUCAGAGUUAUUUGGUAGUUCCAUUUAUUUGCCUUCGAAUGGAUUGUCAAUAAAUAUGUAAUAUUUUUCAUCCUGUAAUAUCUAGUGGAUAAUCAAAACAAUAGAAUGCGAGAGAUCACAUAUUUAUUAUUUGCUUUUCAGCAACUCUAGCAUCUGGCAUAAGAAAGAAAGUGUCAUUGCUGGUUUCCCGAUGUUGGAAAAAGCACAUUGAGUAUUGAAGCAAACCAAGUAAAUGGUUCAUUGCAACAUUUUAAUAUGAUCCAUGACCAUAGCACCGGGAGCAUCUUGUCCAAUAGCAGAUAUCAGCAGUGGAUUGUGAUCCAAUCUUGCCAGACAUUCUGAAAGGCAGUCAGGCUAUAUAGUUCAAGCUUGAGAGAAAGGAGAGAAUGAAAUGCAUUGAAAAAAUUCCCCCACAACAGUUGGACACAGGAUGACAAAUUAAAUCUCGCAGGUAAGAUUGAAAUACAAUGGAAAAUUGAGCUAAAUUAUGGCAUUGGAUGAUUCCAUUUUAUAUAUUUGUCGAGAAAACAAAAGCAUGAAAUGGGAACUGAGUUUUAGCAAUGUGCCAAACUAGAAGUGUACAUUGAAGACUAAAAGUUAAACACACUAGACUUAAGGCUAUAGUUAGUAAUUGAUGCAGGGAUGUAGGUAAACAGGAUAUUGAAACUUUGUUUGGCUUUGAGACGAUUAGGAGGCAGAUUAAUGCAGUGUAGAUGUUUGUGAAUUUGAUACAAGUUAAAGUCUUGUUGGUAUCUUCAGUGUCACCUGAAUAGUUUUAUCAUAGCCUCUUCUAGAUCUCCUCUUUGACAAAGAACAGCCAACAUCAGUGAUAGUUCUGAGAUUAAUGUGCAACAAUGCAGCAUCUUUACCUAUUUUGCAAUUUUCAAAUCCACAACCAUGGGUAUAGCAUCAACCAUGAACAAUUUUCUAUGGUCCACAAUUCUUGUGAAGGCCAUUAAUUUGUGAAAAAUAAGAAGGGUAUAAUAGGGAGACAAUUACUGUGCUUCUCUCAGGGCUAAUUGGAUUGCACCUUCUAUUUCCUGCCCCAGUGGACUUUCCUCUUCAAUAAUUGGGACUCCAAUGACCAUUCCGCUGUUUAGUUGUAAUGAAAGGCUUUUUUCUAUGCGGAGGAGAAAUUAUAGAUUAAGAGUGAAUAUCUGAGCUUAACCUUGGUAUCGUGAUGCAGGGAUGAAAACUUUUUAUAAGAAUAAAGGAAACAUUGAAAUCUAGUCUAGAAAUAAGAGCACGAAAUGACAGCUAGUUUUUAGCAUCUUAACAUCUUUAUCCAAGUUACAAUGGGUAGAAAGGCACCAUGCUUUUAGCAGUAAUUAUCUGGUUCUAACUCAUAUCUUAUUGUUAGAUAUAUCAUAACAAUCACAAGAGGAUGGGAAAUACUACAAGGGCAAAGAAUUAAAACACAAUAACUACCGAUCAUUCUUGCAACGUCAUAUGGUUUUUCAAAAUUGUACGGAGCCUAAAAAAUGGAAGUUCAAGUCAAAUUUAUAUCACAAAUGGCUUCUCUUGCUUUUUGUAUUACAACAGAAAGCCUGAUAAAAAAUCUUUGUUCAUAAAUAGAAAAAUCAUUGUAAAGUAGCAAUUGAUUUAAAGCAGUUCUAAAAUAUUUUGAAAUUACCUUGAAGCCACUCUUAGCUGUAAAGAAUGCAGGAAACUCUCUAUUUUUACCAUAUGCUACAACUGGUACACCCUGUGUUUCCUAAAAACAUGUUGAAUUUACAGACAGCAUUCAAACAAAGCACAAACGGAAUAAGAUUUGAAAGAUUUAAAUUUUUGACAAUAUACUCUAAAGAACAGACACAAAGUUUCAAUUUUACAGAAACAGUAAUGAUAUCAAAGAUCAGAAUGAAACAAAAAAGGAAGACUUGUUCUUUGCAAAGUUGAGCCAAUAUAGUUAAGCAGUCAAUAAUUCUUGACCUUAUGAAAAACACUUCUAUCAGGGCAUUGAGUUGUUUUAGUUUGCAUGGAAAUUUGCAUCUACCUACCAUUGUUACAUGCAAUUAAGUUAUCCAUGGUCAUUUCUGAGUCAUAUCAAUCACUUUAUUCAAGCAUUGUUUGAAGCAUUCAAAGAAACAUUUAACCCAAAGCCAAAAGAUGGAAAGACUUAAAUACUUACUAAAUACUCUAAUGUAAGACCAAUAUCAAGGAUUGAUUUAAUGCCAGCACAAAUGACAGCCAUUGGGGUUCUACCAAGCUCUGUCAAGUCAGCACUCACAUCAAAAGCUAUGAAUACAAAACAAGUCUUACCUUAACUGCCUAAAAACUUUGAAAUAGUUACACAAGAAGACGAGUUUUCAACAAUAACAUAUUAUCUCAAUAAUUGUUUUUUAUGAAAACCCCUUAAAUGUAUAAUUAUGGAAUGACAGUAUUUUGACCAUUAAUUUGGAAAAUGCUAAAAGGCUGAUUUUGACCACUAAUUUGGAAAAUGCUAAAAGGCUGAGAAGCGAUUGCGUCUGUCUCUGUUCUUAUAAGCUUAAUAUUUUAUAGGCACUCAAAUUUAGAAAAUGAUAAAAUAAUCAAGUAGAUAUAAAAACGUUUACAAAAGGUGUUUUCUUUGAGUAAUAUUGUUGUUUCAAUAUUUUAUAGAAUGAGAUUUGAAUAUACUAAGAAUAUAUUUUUACAUAACAAGACAAGUAUUGCAACACCUGCAAAGGUGACUAAUGGCUUUGACUUUUAUUGCAAUGAUUUUUCGUUGUUAAUUUGCUCUCUUAUCUUGCACCAUUGGCUCAUUAAACAAUUUUCUUUUUAACACCACUUCUCUUUGACCUUUGGACAGUUCCUUUAGUUUUGAUUUUUUUUUAAUUCUUGAUACAUUAGAAAAAUGGCAUACAACAAUUUUCUAAAUUUAUCUUGUCCUUCAAUUCUAUUGUUUUUGCCAUCGCAAUUGUUUUGUUUAUAGUUGCACCAUUUUUUUGAUGUAACCAUGGUUCUUCCAAAAAUUUUGAAACACUUACUAAAUUUUCAAAGUUUAAUUGGUAUUCUAAUGUUUUUGUUUUUGUAUAUAGGGAAUAUUUUGGCAUUGAUUUAAAGAUUUGCAAAAUUGUUGAUGUUUUGGAAGCCAUUAUGACUAGGGUGUUGAAAUACUUUAUAUAUGUUCAAAAUACUUUUAACAUUUAGGAGAGAAAUUAUCAUGCUUUCACUUACAUUCUGAUGCUCCACGAUGAACUCCUCCAAUACCACCAGUGACAAAGAUUGGUAUGCCUGCUUUGUGAGCAGCUACCAUUGUUCCAGAAACAGUUGUUCCACCUGAGAUGCCCUGAGAGGGUAUUUUAAGUUAUUCAAUGAUAUGGCACGCAUUUCUAAUUUCAAAACGACUUUUGUAGAAUGAAGAAAUGGAAACAAAAAGCAUCUCAUUACACCUGAUCAUUAGAAACUUUUUAACAUAUGUUUCAUUACUACCUUGCUCAUUCCAUAUGCAAGGUCCCUUCUUGAUAAUUUUAGCCUUUGACUUGUAUCGUCUUGUUUCCCAAGAAAUUCAAUUUCAUCUUCAGUCAGCCC